GGUGCCCGCUAUCUCCCGUUAGCUAACGUCAGAUGGAAACUGUAUUUUGGACCAGAUCAAAAGGUUGAAAUUUUAUCGAAACGAAUGCAGCUAGUCAAGUGGAAGCUGAUCGUUCAGACGAGCUCCCUUUCUUCUAUCGGCGUGAGCAUGGCGGACCGGGAGGAGCGCCGCUUCGCCGAGGUUCCCCGGGAGUCUGUCAAACUCAUGGCCGAGAGUGCAGGCGUGGAGCUCGGGGACGAUGUGGCCGCUUUGCUGGCUGAAGACGUGUGUUACAGGCUCCGGGAAGCAACGCAGAGCAGCUCUCAGUUCAUGAGGCACGCUAAGCGCAGGAAGCUGACCGUGGAGGACUUCAACAGAGCUCUGCGCUGGAGCAAUGUGGAGGCUAUUUGUGGCUAUGGGGCCCAAGACGCCCUGCCUUUCCGUUCAGUGAAAGAAGGCGAGCUUUUCUUCAUCGAGGAUCGGGACAUCAACCUGGUUGAGUUGGCUCUGGCCACCAACAUUCCCAAGGGCUGUGCCGAGACAAUGGUGCGAGUGAAUGUGUCCUACCUGGAUGGGAAAGGGAACCUGGAGCCUCAGGGGACAGUUCCCAGUGCGGUGCAGUCACUUUCAGACGACCUCCUGAAGUACUACCAGCAGAUCACUCGAGCCAUCCUAGGAGAGGACCCACACCUCAUGAAGGUGGCUUUGCUAGACCUCCAGUCCAAUUCCAAAAUCGCAGCUCUCCUGCCGUACUUUGUUUAUGUCAUCAGUGGGGUGAAAUCAGUUAGCCAUGACUUGGAGCAGCUGAACAGGCUCCUCCACAUGGUGAAGAGCCUGGUGCAGAACCCCUACCUGUACCUGGGCUCGUACGUGCGCAGCCUGGUCUCCAGUGUCAUGUACUGCAUCCUGGAGCCGCUCGCCGCCUCCAUCAACCCCCUCAACGACCACUGGACCCUCAGGGACUACGCUGCCCUGCUGCUCAGCCACAUCUUCUGGACCCACGGUGAUCUAGUGAGCGGUCUGUACCACCAGAUCCUGCUGUCGCUCCAGAAGGUUUUGUCCGAUCCGGUCCGACCGCUCUGCUCUCACUACGGAGCCGUCGUGGGGCUGCACGCUCUGGGAUGGAAGGCUGUUGAAAGAGUGCUGUAUCCACACCUGCCUGCCUACUGGGCCAACCUCCAGGCCGUGCUGGACGACUACUCUGUCUCCAACGCCCAGGUCAAAGCAGACGGACACAAGGUGUACGGAGCCAUCCUGGUGGCCGUGGAGCGUCUGUUGAAGAUGAAGGCGUUGUCUCUGUCUCAGUCAGCUGAGGGAGGUUUCAGCAGCCAGCCUGGCUCUGUGGUGGGGGCUCUGGGUUACGGGGUGAGUUCCCCGGGCCUCAGCCCCCCUCCAGAGCCUUUGUCUGAGGCUGCCCUGGGAAUCGCCAGCCACCUUCAGGCCGGUGGGGCCGGUUGCCCCUGGGAGGAGUGGACGCCUGUGCCUCUGCCGGCCAUGUACUGUGAACUCUACUCUUUUUUUGGAGACAGCCUGGCGGUCAGGUUUAGCACCGGACCUGGGUUUGGCAGCUACCCACCCUGCACCCCACCCCAGCCCAAUGACGCAAGGAAAGACCCUCCUGGCCCCGCCGCCAACCCAGAUACCACACGCAAGAUGCCACAGCUGACCGCCAACCUCAACAUCAGCCCCAGGCAAGAUGGGAGUCCUCGUACCGAACCCCCCCCACCAAGCCUGGCAGCUACGGGACCCGGGAGGUCUCUGGCUCGCUCUUCUUCCUCCUCUUCUUCCGUUCAGCGUUCCAGAUCCUCAUCGUCCCGAUCAGGCCAGCGAUCCGCGGGUCCGUCUCGCGACGUUUUCCCCAAGGCUCGAUUCACCACUCCUCAGACCGGACCUCCCGCAUUCUCCUUCCUCAUUGGUGGACGACAGAUGGGCCGGCGUUGCCAAGGCCGGCGCCCCUUCCAGACAAUUUUUGCCCCCACUCCACCCCUGUCUGCGGUCCUGCCCCGCACAUACGCCCACAAACUGCCCGUUAUUGGCAGGGUAGGAAAACCUGUACGACGAUGGGCGUGCUCCCAUUACUCCCUUCAUCUGCCCCUCUAAGAGAAUAGAGACUUGAGCUGAACGAAAGAGCUUUAGAUUGCAGUGCUGCAAAUUAAGGUUGAUAUUUUUCUACUGAAGCUGCCAAUAGAUAAUAUUUUGUGCCAGAAUCUUUGGAUUCAGUUAUUUUUAUACCAAACAAUACAAGGAUUUCAAUCUUGGCAUGGCAGAAAAGCCUCUGAAACAGGAUUUAGGCACUGAAGGCUAUGUUCAAACUGCAGGCCCUUGCAUCCACUUUUGAAUUGCAGCUCAUAUCUAAUUUUUUUGAUGACUGCUCACAUCUAUUCUAGGAUGUAACUCAUAUCCUGCACCAAUAUGAACUGACAGCAAUGCUGAAAAUACACGUCUGAAGAGAAAUGGAAACAAAAUACAUUUCAUCCAUUUUGUUUUAGGUUACAGUAUCUGUGUGCCUCAGAGUUUGGACCAAACCAGUUUCGAGUCAAGUCAGCUGUGUGACUUUCCAUUUCUGUGUCUCCUCCGUGUGCUCAUGCUGGCUCAGUCAAGCUGCCGACAUAAUGAAAAUAGUCUCGGGUCAAUGAUGUAAUAUUCAGAAUUCAGUUUUAUACCACUAGCCCUUGAAAAAAUGUGUCUACAUGCAGUUUUUUGUUGUUCACACUGAUUGCAUAACAUGUGAGGUAAAAAUCAGAGUUCUACUUUUAGCUGCAGAGUGAUCUGAGCCCAAAACUUAACAUUGGAACCUUGGAUGAUUAUUUGUACAUGGUGGCAUAUAGACAUUUACAUGCAUAGAAAAAACUGACACUUCUAAUUGGACAAAGACUCGGAGAGAUAAGAAUCAGCCACAUAUUAUAUGCUUACAGUAACCAUAUAGUAAUGUGAAGAAACCAUGAUCUUAAGACAAAACCAUCUCAGUACCAACAUUAUUGAACAAUAAUACAAAUAUUAAAAACCUUGAUGCAUACCUGCGUCAAAUCCGAUUAAAAAGACUCAGUCAGUUUAUUUUAAGGGCCUCCCAAAGAUGACCAGGUUAGUACUGAUCAAGCAAUAACAAUAAAUAAAUAAAACAAUAAAUAAUCAAUAAACCUGUAUUAGAGGAGGAUCAUGCUGAUGUGACCAGAUCUGGUUUUUAAACCAAAGGCCAUCCUCAGCCUGCUGUUUCAACAAACCAGUAUAUUGGAUACAUCUUGCCACAAAGUCCUGUGAUCUCCUGUCUACUGAAACUGAAGUAGAUCAGACCGGAGGGUGAUCGACUGGAUUCCACACCUUGGAUUAAUAAAGACUUGAGCUUCGAGGGAAUGAAGAAGCAGGCAAACUUAAAUGCCUAAAUGUCGGACUGUAUGGACUAAUGGACAGACUUGCUAUGGAAGGACUGGUUUCUCUCAAAUACUGAGUGAGUGCUUGGGACAGCAUUUGCCAUGCCUUGGAGAAUUCUGGGUAUCUUGUACAAAGCUGUUGAUUUCGUAGAAUAAAAAAUUCACUGGCGUAGUA